AUGGCGUUGGAGGCCGUGGUGUUCUCGAAAGGGUUCUUUGGGCGCUGCGCCAUGGCUGCCGAAGGAGUAGGAGGAGGCGGUGGAGUUUGGGGCGGGAAUGAGCACGGGCACGGCGGUGGCGUGGAGUUGGACGGAAGCAACGCCCACUGCGGCGCCGCGGUUGCGAGCGCCUCCGUGAUGAUCCCGAGCGCCGAAGUCCCGGAAGGCAGUUCCUCCUUGCUGGCGCUGCCGCCGCCGGGGCACGGCGGUGACCGUGGAGACGCGGACGACGGUGCCGUGGGCGCGGCGUCGGCGUCAGGUGCGGCAGGGAGGAGGAAGCGGCGAAGAGCCAGGAGCGUAAAGAACAUUGAGGAGGCGGAGAGCCAGCGGAUGACCCACAUCGCCGUCGAGCGCAACCGCCGCAAGCAGAUGAACGAGUACCUUGGCGUGCUCCGGUCCCUCAUGCCGGCUUCCUAUGUGCACAGGGGCGACCAGGCAUCCAUAAUUGGCGGCGCGAUCAACUACGUCAAGGAGCUGGAGCAGCUAGUUCAAUCCCUGGAGGCGCACCGGCACGCCCGCCUACGCGACGACUGCCCCGUCAGCGGCGACGUCGAUUCCGCCGCCGCAGUGCCCUUUGUAGACUUCUUCACCUUCCCGCAGUACACGAUGAGCGUCCGCCACGCCCCGGCCACACCAGCAGCAGACGCCUCUGCGGACGGCAGCGGCGGCAAUGCCGACAACGACGGGACGUCGGGCUCGAAGCAGUCGGCCGUGGCGGACAUCGAGGUGACCAUCGUGGAGAGCCACGCGAGCCUGAAGGUGCUGUCGCGGCGGCGGCCUAGGCAGCUGCUGAGGAUCGUGGCGGGGCUGCAGGGCCACCGGCUCGCCGUGCUGCACCUCAACGCCACCAGCGCCGGCCACAUGGCGCUCUACUGCCUCAGCCUCAAGCAGGUGGAAGACGACUGCCGGCUCUCGUCGGUGGACGACAUCGCGGCGGCCGUCCACCGUAUCGUCGAGACGAUCGAGCGUGAGGAGGAGGAGGAGCAGCGGCGGCGGCAGCAGCAGCAGAGCUGUACGUAG